AGACACCCGGGUGUGGUUUCCGGGAAAGGGGAUCUAUCAUUGAGCAGCUGGAGAAGGAGGCUCAGAGGACUCUAAUGCCUUCUCUCAAGAUUGGGACAUGCUGUGCCCCAAUCCUCCUCUCUUUCCUGAGGAGUCUAACUGAUGAGCAAGUUCCAUGUCUUUUUCCAACCUCACAUACAACUUAUCUGAAUUUAUAGUCAUAGUGCACCUUCUAACCACAAAUGGGAUUUUAAACACUACACCUAACCCUAACAUCACUGUAACCACACCCCUAACUCUUGCUGUAAAUCAAGAACAAAAUGACUCAUGUACUUGCUAAUAGCUUAAUUAAAUACACUUUUAUUAUCCCUAACAUGGCUAUCUAGUGACUCCACUAACUCAACACCAGUGUGCAGCUAAAAUAUGUUUCCUUUCUUUUCUUUUCUCUAGCCAAUGGAGAGUGAUUCAGCAUGGCAUGAAAAAUAACCUGACAUUCGAGCAGCUCUCCAUGCUGUGUCUGAAGAUUGUUAAGGUCGUGACCCAGACAGCCCUCCGCAUUCUCCUACCAGCGCUAGCUCGUAUCAUGGGGGUGAACCUGAGGAGUGGGGCAACCUCCCCAGAAUCCCAGUGCUCUCUGACAGGGUCUGAGGAUUCCUUAGGCAGUCUGGAUGAGAGAGAGAAAAGGCUGCUGAUCAGUGAGAUGAACUACUGGACUAAGGAGAGGAGGAGGAAUGGCAGUGCAGGGUGCCGCCAAAAAUCCACUCGCAGAACCUCAUCAUCAUGCUGGUCGCCUAAGAGGUCCCAGACCUCAUUGCAGAGCUUGCCUGCAACUAGAGAGGCUCCCCUCAUGGAGGAGCCUCUGAAGGCUCUUUUUGGGGUAACGGAAGAGAGCCUCCUGAUAUCCCUGGUUGAGGGUCACUCCAACCCCACCUCCUCCAGCUCCUCCGAGUUGAGCUGUGCUAUCGUGGGGGAGGUAGUACACCAGCUUAACUCUGGCCUCUCAGUGGCCAUUCAGGCCACAUCGGGGAGUUGCCCCCCUAUGGACAGUCAGGACAUAGCAGCAGGCAAGGAGGUCAUUCGGGUAGCCUCGGUGCAGAUCCUGGCCGAGCUACAGAGCAAAACGUCUGAGCCAGAGUGGGUAGGGUUUAUCGAGCCCCUCAUGGACCCUGUGACCGAUGAUGUGCUGGAUGCCAUUGUCGGCACAAUGGACAAAAUGGCACAGGACCUGGCCAAGAAGAUGACAAUCUUGGGGUCUAAAUUUCUGACCAAUCUUCAAUGUGACCUUGAUGUUGAGUGUCCAUCUGGGAAAGAAGGAACCACUCACUUUCCCAAAGAGACUGGAUCCUCUACCAGUGUGGUGGCCAGAAAGCUUCAGACCCUCUCUAGCCCCGACUUUCAGUCUAAAGCCCUCAAGGCGGCCUUCUAG